AUGAUGAGCCCAAAUAUGUUAAAGGCAUGGCUGACCAGUGUGGUGGUAGCCAACUCAUACGCAUUCAAUACAAGUGGUCGAAUUGACACGCACCUCCAUGCCCUUCCACCAGCCUAUAUAGAAGCCGUCAAUGCUGCUGGUGGUGAUCCGUCGGGCUUCCCCACGCCGUUUUGGUCGCCCGAGUUUGCUAUAUCCGAAAUGGACGAGUUCGGAACAGCGUUUGGCGUCCUCUCCAUCUCGACACCAGGCGUGCCCAUUGCCGGGACGGGGCAGGCCGGGCGCGAACUGGCGCGGACGCUCAACACCAACCUGGCCAACUACAGCACGGCGCCUGCCUACGACGGCCGCUUUGGCUUCUUUGGUGCGCUGCCGGACUGGCGCGAUAUCGACGGCACCAUUGCCGAGAUUGAGCAUCUGUACCAGCACCAGCCGUCCUGCGUGGGCGUGGGCGUCUACAGCUCCUACGGCGGCAUGACGCCGGGCAAUGACACGUUUCGACCCAUCUGGGCCGCUCUGCAAAAGCACAGGGCCCUCGUCUUCUUGCACCCGGGCGUCCUGGACGUGGUGCCCAUGCGGCUCGGCCACGGGUUUCCGCAGCCCACGCUCGAGUACCCACUCGCCACCACCCGGGCCGCGGUGGACCUGGUCAUCAGCGGUACGUUCCGGGCCCACCCCGACAUCGACGUUAUCCUGCCGCACGCCGGUGGGACCAUUCCCUUUAUUGCCGACCGCGUGCUCUUUGGCAUUGCGUCGCCGGCCACGCAGGGCACGUCCAACGUGACAGCCGACGAGGCGGCCGAGGACUUGAAGAGAUUUUACCUGGACUUGGCGCUCGUGACCAGCCCGGCGCAGUUUAAUGGCAUAUUGGACUUUACCAGCCCCGACAAGAUCGUGUUUGGUUCGGAUUCUCCAUACCGGCCAGAGAGUGGUAUCGCUGAUGUGAUUCGUGAUUAUGAGACCUUUGUAAAGACGAAUGUGCGAGGUUCAUUGAUUGCGCCCGAUGUUUUGAGAUCGAAUUCUCUCGAGUUAUUGGCGAAGCAUUCCCGGGGUUACGGCGGUAUACCUUUUUGA